AAAAUAAGAUACAAUUUUUCACUCGUUGGAUUGGCAAAGGUUAAGUUUUAUUUCCCUGGCCGUCUCAAAAAAAAAUGUCUGGUUGGUCACGGUUUGCUUUAGGCCCUUGUGUUGCAUUUGGUUAAUGAUGGCUCUUCAGUCCUUUAAAAUCAAUCAUCCUCCUUCACUUUUUAUACCAUUUACUUACUGAAGAAACUGGGUCUUCUGCCCUGUAGAAGGCUCCAUAUGCUGGAUUUGACCGGAGGCUUCUCCUCAUUUUCUCCUCCAUGGCCCCCUAUUUCCUGUAAACUGUUGGGUUAGAUAUAGAGGCUAGAUCGGCUGAGGGUUCAAAGUGUUUUGGCAAGAAUCCAUCGUAGGUGGCGCAGGUACUUCCUGCUACUAGGGUAGGGCGCGUCCCGGUCAGGACAGCGAGGCCUCUCCAUUUUCAAGUCACCUUUUUGGUUUCAGUCUCUUGCUGCCUGGCUCCUGCAUCCAUCAUUUCACGAACGGGGUGCAACGUGAUUCUCUAACUCUCUCGCGCCCUCCUUUUUUAACCAGCUGGACUUCAUCUUCAGAAAACUUUCCCUCCUCACCUAUUCCGUGAUGCUGAAUUACAGUUCGUUCAGGAAGGGCAGGAGGGAUGCUCGCUGCUUCCCCUUUAUUUCAAAAUUUCAGAACGGAGGAGUGGAUGAGCUGGGGCCCUUGCCAUCGCCAACGGUGGCCAAGGUUUGGGGAAUCGUUAUAAACUCCGUGACAUGUUUGUAUCUGGGUUUCCAAUCAAUUAAGGUCAUUAUCCUUGCUGAGGCCGUUUCAAGUUUUACGGGCGCGGGCUGCUUUUUACCGAAAAGUUAAAAAUAAAAAUUAGUAUAUACUUGCUAAAGGUUAACCUCCCACACACACAUUCAGUGGGGGCGGGGAGAAAAAGCAGCCUCCGGCCUCCGCGGCCCCUCGUAGGGACGUUGGCGGGGACGUUGGCGGGGUCGUUGGCCGGGACCCCGCGUCCGGGGGCGGGGCGAGGCGUGGGCAGGGCCGUCGCGGCUUUGCGCGCGGGGCGGGGCAGGUGGCGCUGCGACAGCGGCGGUGGCGGCUGACAGAGGCGCGGCGCGCGGCCCCCCGAGCGCGCCAACGCGGUCCCCGCCGGAACCGCGGCGUCCCCGGUGCGGCCCUCGGCCCCGCUCCCGACCCCGCAUCCCGCCGGCCCCAGGAUGGGCGCGCGCGCCUCGGGCGGGCCCCGGGCCCGGGCUGGGCUCCUGCUGCUCCUGCUGCUCCUCGGGCUGCUGGCCCCGGGCGCGCAGGGGGCGCGGGGCCGCGGCGGCACCGAGAAGAACAGCUACCGCCGCACGGUCAACACCUUCUCGCAGAGCGUCAGCAGCCUGUUCGGCGAGGACAACGUGCGCGCCGCUCAGAAGUUCCUGACCAGGCUGACCGAGAGGUUCGUGCUGGGGGUGGAUAUGUUUGUCGAAACGUUGUGGAAAGUUUGGAUGGAGCUCUUGGAUGUUCUUGGACUUGACGGUGACUUCCCUUACUUCAUGGCCCGAGACAGCUGCUCCCACUCCCGCCAUCACAUCCACAUUCCAGCAGACAGAAGAAAAGGAGUGUCGAACCUGUCCCAGUACUUCAGCCCGGCCUCGGUGGCCAACAGCCCGGCCCGCGCGCUCCUGCUGGUCGGUGUCGUUCUCCUGGCUUACUGGUUCUUGUCUCUGACCCUGGGCUUCACCUUCAGCCUCCUGCACGUGGUGUUCGGCCGCUUCUUCUGGGUCGCGCGGGUCAUCCUGUUCUCCAUGUCGUGCGUGUAUGUCCUGCACAAGUACGAGGGGGAGCCGGAGAACGCCGUCCUGCCCCUCUGCUUCGUGGUGGCCAUCUACUUCAUGACCGGGCCCAUGGGCUUCUACUGGCGCAGCGGGCCCAGCGGCCCUAGCGUGGAGGAGAAGCUGGAGCACCUGGAGAACCAGGUCAGACUGCUCAACAUCCGCCUCAACAAGGUGCUGGAGAGUCUCGACCGCGCCAACGGCAAGUGACAAUCAGCCAGCCGGCCGGGUCCCCUCACGCCAGCGCCCUCUCUCAGAAAACAAAAACGGAGGAGGAAGAAAAGAGCACCAACCCCCAAGCAAUCUCAAUAAACGUUCCCGAGCACGGCGGGGCGCGCUCCGUGAGGGUCUUUCCGGCCACGUGUCGACCCUGAGGACACGUUCCCGGAGGAAUGACGGGAUCACUUGUGUAGAACCCCCCACCGAGUGUCAUUAGUGGGGGGAAAAUAUUUUUUAAACAAAGGAUAUAACCAUAUUAGCUGUACAGUAAGAGUUUAUCUGUGCAUAGAGCAUAAAGUUGAUUUUUUCAAGCACUUAAAUACAUCUUUUGUAAGGUUUUUUAAUAAAGGCAGAUCGAGUCAAGUUUAAUAAAACUUCACAUUGAGGGG